UCUGUACAGACAAAGUUAUUACCUUGAACUAUCGGCACACCACAGAUUUCAAUCGGUGACCAUGUCCAGUAAUUUGAAAGAUCCAGAUCGUCAAGAAGACGCAACCGUGGACGAUGCCUUAACACUAGCAAAAUUUGGCUUGUUCAACUACACGCUGAUCAUCAUUUCGGGCACGAUCAUAACCGCUGUGAUGCUCGAGUGCCUGAGUAUUAGUUACGUUAUGACGGUUGCGGAAUGUGAUCUGCAGCUGACCACGAGCCAGAAAGGAAUACUCAGUGCCGUUGUGAUUAUUGGAAUCAUCGUGAGUUCUCACCUUUGGGGCUUUCUGGCGGACACCCAAGGCCGCCGUGCGAUCAUAGUGCCAACACUGAUUUUGUCUUUCGUCUCAACGUUGAUAUCCAGUUUCAGUACCACGUUCGUGUGGAUGGCAGUUUUCCGAUUCUGCACAGGAUUCUUUAUUUCCGGACCGUCAGCUUCAAUCUACGCGUACCUUGGCGAGUUUCACAGCUACAAAACGCGAUCGCGGGCGAUCAUGGGCGCUUCGUUUGUAUUUGGAACGGGAUGUUUGUUUCUGCCAGGAAUUGCGUACAUCACGAUCAACAACGAGUGGGAGUUGGCGGUUCCCUUCCUGGACAUAAUCUACCGUCCCUGGAGGUUGUUUUUCGUCGUUUGCGCUUUGCCAGGACUGGUUUGCGCCAUCGCACUGUUGAAGUUUCCCGAGAGUCCAAAGUUUAUGGUCGGGAAGGGUGAUACUGAUCAAGCGGUUGAAACUAUUCAAUGGAUUCAUCGGAUCAACUCUAGCAAGGAUGAACCAGCCCUUCAGAUAAAAUCGAUUGUUAGAAAUGCGAAUACAAAGAGUGCUGGAUCGAUCAAAGGAUUCAAAUCGAUCGUGAAGCUGAUAUGGGAUCAAACAGCUCCACUUUUUAUGAAGCCAUACCUGGUUCGAACAGUUUUGGUUUGUUUUAUUCAGUUCGGGACUUAUGUGACCGCUCAUGGAAUGUUCAUGUUCUUCCCUGGGAUAUUGAAUCAAAUUGUGAUCGCACAGAACUUGGGCGUUGACAGCAGUACGGUUUGUGAUAUAGUUCACGCCGAUAGAUCUUCAAUUCCGUUGGGCAAUGAAACUGUUCUUUUAAACUGCAAGCAAACGCUGGAAGAAACCACCUACAUGUACACCUUCAUAGCUGAUGUAUUUUACAUGCUUGGAGUUGGACUGAUCACACUGAUCAUCGACAAGGUUGGUAGACUGGCAGUUUUGGUAUUUAUCUUCACCUGCUCGGGCAUUGCCGGUAUACUCGUGGUAUUCAUAGCAAUGCCAUCGGUAACAAUCUGGCUGUACAUGAUUCUCCUUCUUGGCUGUUACAACGUCAACGUGAUCAAUGCCGUGGCGGUUGAUCUCUUCCCCACAAAUUUGAGAGCCAUGGCCGUCAGCAUUUCGCUCAUGUUUGGUCGAAUCGGAAGCGUUUUUGGAACCAACAUGAACGGGCUUCUGCUGGACAGUCACUGCGAAGCAACCUUCUGGAUCGCGAGUGUCAUAAUGUUGCUGUGUGGCGUGCUGUCCUUCUUCGUACCGGAUAUCCACAAGAAGACAGCGGCGAGCAUUAGUGUUUCGCCCGAGUCCGUUGUACACGUAGAAAAAUAAAAGUUUAAUAUAUGA